AAACCCAUUCAUCAACCAACCCCCAAGGAAACCUCCACACUCCAAACCAUCCUCUUCACAGUGACUGUGUACCAGGCACUCUCUUACAUUUCUGCCUCUGCGAUAGGUCACACUAGGACCCACGGCUUCCUCCAUCAACCUCCUCCUCCACGGCAGCAAGGCACACCACCCCCAACGAACACCCCCAUCCAGCUUAGCGCAGACAUGACUGCAGUCAGCCGCGCCGGCACACUGAAACUACGCCGGGAGCCCCGCAGCCCCCGUCACCUCGGAACCCCCGCAGAGACCACUGAUACACGAGGAGUUCAGCGCUGGUUUAAAAGACAUACAAAAAGAGUGCAAGACAGUUCUGUCCUCCCCAUCUCCUGUUUUACUUCCUCUGUCUUAUCUCGGAAAUAUGGAGGCAUAUCGCAAGCAGUCCAUGCCUGCACUGGAGCUAAUGUGCCAAGAAAAGGAGAAACUACUGCGGGAAAGAACAAGGGACAACUUAUUGCUGAUCUUGUGGAGUUUGAUGCCCGUGCAGCAGAGCUGGGUGACAUGAGACAAAGUCCUACAGCUGGAACUAUCAUCCAAGGAGUGAUAUCUCCUGGGGAAUGCAGCAACAUUACUCCCCAUCAGGACAGUACUCCACAUGAGGCCUUGGACUCUUAUAUGCGGACUGCCUUACAACACCUUGGGAAUGUGGAUGCUAAUAUGAAACUCCAACUACUUCUCCAGUACCAAACUGCAGAGAGAGAGAGAGGCACAGGCACGAGCCACAGAGAGAGAGGCACGAGCCACAGAGAGAGAGGCACAAGCUGCAGAGAGAGAGAGGCGGCAGAAAGAGAGGCCCAGCUGAGGCAGGAAUUGGAGGUUCUGAGGCUGAGAGGGAAUGCUUUAUCUGAAGGAUGUGCAGGAUCAAGGAGACCACAAACCUUGCUUGGAACAUUUCCCCCUGUUGGAUAAAGAUGGUGAUCUGGAUGUGUUCAUGAGGGGAUUUGAAAAGAUUUGCCAGCAGUUCCAUCUACCUAAGGAACAGUGGGGACGAUAUCUAACCCCUCGGUUUUCCCUUCUAAAAAGCCACUCAUAAAACUGAGAUGCUGGACAAACCUUUGUUGAAGCCUGUGGCAAAAGCUGGACUAAGACCCUAAGCAACAGCUGGAGAUUCACUCACAAGGACUGCUAUACCACUGUACUGUAAGGACUUUUCUUUUUGUUUCUUAACUUGUCUUACUGAACUCUUUUAUAUAUUUUUGUACCUGUAUGUGAUUUGUUUAUUUUAUGCAUAGCA